CAGAGCCUGAUAUAACAGCUACUAGUGCCACAACAGAGGCGGUAUCUUUGAGUGAUACCGAGGUAACAACUGAGACUGGAAUUACUAAGGUUGAUGCUACAACAGAAGCGGUAACUUCAACCGAUACUGUAACGACAAUUGAUGCUGUAUCACCAACUGAGUCUGCAAUUACUAAGGCUGAUGCUACAACAGAGGGGGUAACUUCAACUGAUACUGUAACAACAACUGAAUCUGAUAUUACUAAGACUGAUGCUACAACAGAGGCGGUAACGUCAAUUGAUGCUGUAACACAAACUGAGACUGAUAUUACUAAGACUGAUGCUACAACAGAAGCGGUAACUUCAACCGAUACUGUAACAACAAGUGAAUCUGAUAUUACUAAGGCUGAUGCUACAAUAGAAGCGGUAACUUCAACUGAUGCUGUAACAACAAGUGAGUCUGAUAUUACUAAGGCUGAUACUACAACAGAAGCGAUAACUUCUACUGAUGCUGUAGCACAAACGGAUUCUGAUAUUACUAAGGCUGAUGCUACAACAGAGGCUGUUAUAACAUCUACCAGUGUCACAACAGAGGCGGUAUCUCUGAGUGAUACCGGGGCAACAACUGAAACUGAUAUUACUAAGGAUGAUGCUACAACUGAGGCGGUAACUUCAAUUGAUACUGUAGCACCAACUGAUUCUGAUAUGACUAAAGCUGAUGCUACAACAGAGGCGGUAACUUCAACUGAUGCUGUAGAACCAACUGAUUCUGAUAUGACUAAAGCUGAUGCUACAACAGAGGCGGUAACUUCAACUGAUGCUGUAGAACCAACUGAGUCUGAUAUUACUAAGGAUGAUGCCACAACAGAGGCGGUAACUUCAAUUGAUGCUGUAACACCAACUGUGACAGAUAUUACUAAAUCUGAUGCUACAACAGAGGCGGUAACUUCAACCGAUACUGUAACAACAAGUGAGUCUGAUAUUACUAAGGCUGGUGCUACAACAGAAGCGAUAACUUCAACUGAUGCUGUAACAACAACUGAAUCUGAUAUUACUAAGGAUGACGCAACAACAGAAGCAGUAACUUCAACCGAUACUGUAACAACAACUGAGUCUGAUAUUACUAAAGCUGAACCUACAACAGAAGAGGUUACUUUAACUGAUGAUGUAACACCGACGGAUUCUGAUAUUACUAAAGCUGAUGCUACAACAGAAGAGGUUACUUCAACUGAUGUUGUAGCCCCUACGGAUUCUGAUAUUACUGAAGGUGAUGCUACAACAAAGGCGCUAACUUCGACUGAUACUGAAACAACAACUGAAUCUGAAAUUACUGAGACUGAUGCUACGACAGAGGCGGUAACGUCAAUUGAUGCUGUAUCACCAACUGAGUCUGCAAUAACUAAGGCUGAUGCUACAACAGAGGGGGUAACGUCAAUUGAUGCUGUAACACCAACCAAGUCUGAUAUUACUAAAACUGAUGCUACAACAGAAGCUAAAACUUCAACUGAUACUGUAACAACAACUGAAUCUGGUAUUACUAAGGUUGAUGCUACAACAGAGGCGGUAACGUCAAUUGAUGAUGUAACAGCAAUUGAGUCUGAUAUUACUAAGGCUGGUACUACAACAGAGACGGUAACGUCAAUUGAUGCUGUUACACCAACUGAGUCUGAUAUUACUAAGGCUGAUGCUACAACAGAAGCGGUAACUUCAACUGAAGCUGUAGCCCCUACAGAUUCUGAUAUUACUGAAGCUGAUGCUACAACACAGGCGCUAACUUCAACUGAUACUGUUGCACCAACUGAUUCUGAUAUUACUAAAGCUGAUGCUACAACAAUAGCGAUAACUUCAAAUUAUACUGUUGCAUCAACUGAUUCUGAUAUUACUAAGGAUGAUGUUACGACAGAGUCAGUAUCACCAUCUGAUUCUGUUGCACCAACUGAUUCUGAUAUUACUAAGGCUGAUGUUACUCAGUCUGAUGUUACGACAGGGGCAGUAUCACCAUCUGGUACUGUAGCACCAACUGAGACUGAUAUGACCAAGGCUGAUGUUUCAAGAGAGGUGGUAUCUCCAACUGGUACUAUAGCACAAACCGAGAUUGAUGUAACUGAACACAAAACUAUAUCUACAACUGAAUCACGUUUGACAACAGAGGUGGUAUCUCAAACUGAUACUGUAGUAACAACUGAUUUUGAUAUUACUACAUCUGAUAUUACAACAGAGGCGGUAUUACCAACUGAUACUGUAGCACCAACUGAGCCUGAUAUUACUAAGUCUGAUACCUCAACAGAGGUGGUAUCUCCAACUGAUACUGCAAUACCAACUGAGUCUGAUAUUACUAAGGUUGAUGCUACAUUAAAGGCGGUAACUUUAACUGAUACAGUUGCGCCAACUGAUUCUGAUAUUACUAGGGCUGAUGGUACGACAGAGGCGGUAACUAAAACUGAUACAAUUGCCCCAAAUGAUUCUGAUAUUACUAAAGCUGAUAUUACAGCAGAGGCACUAACUUCAACUGAUACUGUUGUACCAACUGAUUCUGAUAUUACUAAGGCUGAUGCUACAUCAGCGGCUGUAACUUCAACUGAUACUGUUGCGCCGACUGAUUCUGAUAUUACUAAGGCUGAUGCUACAUCAGAGGCGGUAACUUCAACUGGUACUGUUGCACCAACUGAUUCUGAUAUUACUAAGGCUGAUGUUACGAAAGGGGCAGUAACUUCAACUGAUACUGUUGCGCCAACUGAUUUUGAUAUUACUAAGGCUGAUGUUACGACAGGGGCAGUAUUUUCAACUGAUACUGUCGCGCCAACUGAUUCUGAUAUUACUAAGGCUGAUGUUACGACAGAGGCGGUAUCACCAUCUGAUACGGUAACACCAACUGAUUCUGAUAUUACUAAGGCUGAAGUUACGACAGAGGCGGCAUUACCAUCUGAUACUGUUGCACCAACUGAUUCUGAUAUUACUAAGGCUGAUGUUACGACAGAGGCAUCUCCAUUUGAUACUGGAGCACCAACUGAGACUGAUAUUACUAAAGAUGAUGUUACAACAGAAGGAGUAAUUUUAACUGAAACUGUUGCGCCAACUGAUUCUGAUAUUACUAAGGCUGGUGUUACAACAGAAGGGGUAACUUCAACUGAAACUGUUGUGCCAACUGAUUCUGAUAUUACUAAGGCUGAUGUUACAACAGAGGCAUUAUCAC